UUUGAAACCAAAAAAUCGUGAUUCUCAUUUUAUCUAGAAUCGUGCAGCUCUAGAAAAUGGCUAUUUUUGCUUAUAACUUUUGAAUGCCUUGUCCUAAAAUCAUGAGGAAAUCAUGGUCUCCUUAGAUUCCUUGAGGCAUGCCGAGUUGAACGAUAUCAAAGCCUAUAGUCUUUGAUGAUAUCCAAUUUUCUUUGGUCGGCCAUUUUGAAUUUUGCAUAAAAUGCUGUGUUUUACGAACGCAUGAACGUAUCGUUACGAAACUUGGUGUAAUUCAUUGAGGCUAGUUACCUCAAUGUUCUGAGAAGACCUGUAAAGUUUUAGGUCAGCGCACCCUAGUGGUCAAGAGAUAUAAUGAAAUUUAUGAAAAUGUUUAUAACAUGAAAAAUUAAACAUAUUGCCAUUUAACUUACAUUAGAUUUCUUGGCUUAUGCCGAGUCCUAUGAUACCAAAUUUGCCAUAUUCUACCAUACUUAGUGUCCGCCAUAUUUAAUUUUAUUAAAAACCUACUUUUUCAAACUCCUGCUACAAAAAUUGCCAGAUUUGUACGAAAUUUGGUAUGUAGCAUCUACAGACACUCAUGACAAAAAGUUAUUGAAAGAUUUUUGAUAGACCCAACCAUUGUUUUAUACUGCGUCAACAAAUUUGACUGCGAGUACGCCAAAAUUGCUAUGUGGCUGUAUCUUUGCAAAAAUGUUGUAUAUUCACAUGAAACUUGGUACAUGUCAUCACAGUUAUGACUUGAGGAUGCAUGCAGUUUCGUCAUAGCGCCACCUACUGCUCAGAAGUUAUAAACCAUGUUAUUAUGUUAUUAGUGCUUUAACUGAUGUAAUUUAAACAGCUUAAUCCUAACCUCAUGAUCACAGAUGUCCACAAAUAUUUCCUUUUCUUCCCUUAUUCGGCUUGACCUCGUAAUUGCUGCUUGCAGCUAUAUUUUAAUAAUAAUUAUUAUGUCUAUAUUAGCUUUUUUAUAUUUUCAGUUUGCAUUUUAAUUUUUGUUGUGUGCUUAAAUAUUUUUAUUUUAGUUUAGUUUUAGUCAUUUUAAUUCUUCAAUUCAAAUUUAUUUCAGGCAACAUUUCUCAUUUUAAGUUUUUUUAAGUUUAAAUUUUUCAUAUUUGUAUUUUACUUGAUUUUUGCUUUAUUUCAAUUCAUUUAUGAUUUUAAUUAACAAUAACAAUAAAUGCUCUUCUUACCAUUAUAAGAGUGCUAAUUGUCCAUAUAGUUUUAAGAGAUUAAAAUGUUAAACAAAUGACAGCAGCUCUUUGUCUGAAAAAGAAGAAUAGUUUUGGCUUCAGAAAGCAGAAAGCUGUUGUUCCCAGAUGAUCUUAUGAUCUAAAUUUGAUCUCAUUUCUCUUUUCAGAUUCUCUAAUGAAUCAUGUAUGAAACACAGCAGUAUGACAGCCCACCUCAGUACAGUCCACACUACAUUGCCCCAUCAAAUAUGUACACAUCCAGAAGUUUCUACUCUCAACGGAGCGAGUAUGGCUUAUAUUCUUCAGUGCCUGAUGCUCCUCAAACGGAGGGAAACCCUCAGCAUUUCUACAGAUGGUUCUCACCACCUGGCAUCGUGAAAACAAUGGAGGGACUGACCGCUCUGCUCUGUUUUGUUAUUUUCGCCUGUGUUGCUUCCACUCUAGUUUGGGAUAUGCAUGGUUACGAGGGCAGCAUCGGGGCCUAUGUUGCUGGAUCUGGGGGCUAUGGCAUGGGGUCUGGGUACUAUGGAGGAACCUAUGGCUAUCAAAGCUCUUACAUGACACCCUACUCAGCAAAGUCAGCCAUGAUUUCAAUGGCAGCCCUUAAUUUUGUAGUAUCUUUGGCCAUCCUAGUGACUAGUUUCUCAAAGGUAUGGUGUGUGCGCGGAAAAACGUUUUACCUGACAGUUUUUGUGGUGGACGUGGUUCUGGCAAUUCUUCAGUGUGUUAUAGAUAUCAUAUUCGUCAUUGGGGUGAAUCCCAUGGCCCAGAGUUCACAAAGCAUCUUGUACAACCCCAUCCUGAUGAUGUGUCAGACCUCAUUAGGGAAUCCCAGCAUCAGUGCUGGAGCCGGCACAGGCUUUCCGGGUGCAUAUCCAUCCUUUAAUCGAUAUCUCUAUCACUACUGCUUCAUGGAUCCUGAGGAGGCUGUGGCUCUGGUUUGUGGGCUGUUUGUCAUGAUUGCUCUGGCUGUUGCAGCCUAUUUUGCCUAUAAAACUCGAAGCAAAAUAUGGCGUCAUGGCAAACCUAAUAUCUAUUGGGAAGAACCACCUAUCCUCCGAACAGAUAGGAGCCAGAAUACACAAGAUUGGCGACGCACUCAAUACACCCCCACUGUGGUUUUAUCAGAGAAGGCUUCCCCUCAUCUGAAAGCAGAGAACAGCUUCACCUCCUACACUGAGGGAACAGUGAGCGUCUACAGCGAGGCUGCAUACAAAAGCAAUGUGUAUUCUGAGAAUGUGAACAGUUGCUCCCCAGAGCCGUUAUACCAGAAUCAGUGGAUGAGCUCCUGCCCUGUAGAGGAGGUUGAAGUGCAGAGCAGCUCAGUUCAAGAGAAACCUGAAACAUACGAUGUUGAGGAUGUUCUCUGUGAGACAGGCUACACCACUGGUGGAGAUUCAGCUACUGAAUUAGACACAUAUGAGUUGGAGGACUCUUAUUCAGAAAUUACAACAGAUGAACAGCGCAGACAGUACAAGAAACAGUUUGAUGUCACCCUUUCUGUUUACAAGAACCUUCGUGCAGAAAUGGAUGAUAUCAGUGAUCAAAUGAAUGAACUGAGCCGAGAGCUAGACACCCUCCAUGAGGAGUCCACCAAGUUCCAGGCUGUAGCUGAUGAAUAUAAUCGACUCAAGGAUCUGAAGCGGUCUCCAGAAUACCAGGCCAAGAAGCUCCGGUGUAAGAAACUGAGGCAGGAACUGUGUCAUAUCAAGCAACUAGUGAAAAAUUAUGACAGAGGCUUUACAAGGAGAGAGAAGACUAAUGUUUCUGAUCCUCAGGAUUUCUUUGUCUGAAACUGUACACAUGUAUGCAUACACUGUAUAUGUCACCAUUGGUAUAGACUUCUAAAAGCUGAGUAAGUUGUGGCUGUAAAGAGGUAUUGUAAAUAUUUUAAAUUUUCCUGUAAAAUUCAGAUUUUUCCACUGCAACUUUGUAAUUUGAUAAGUAACAGGCAAAAAAGUCUAAGUACACGACUCAAUGUAUGAUACUUUUGUUUAAUCAAGCUGUCAUACACAAGUAUUUAAAAAGACAAAGAUAUUAAAAUGAAAACUGUA